UGCAUAUGACAAAAUUGGACCCCGCACUCACAAGAGUGGCAAUGGCACUUUACCAAGAAUUUCUGCUGAUUUUGCUUUUUUCUCCAAAACCCCAAUAUAUAUAGCAUUCCACCAGUUCUCACCCAAAAAGCCAAAACUACUAGUCAUCACUUUCACACACCCCACCCUCAACCCCAAGUACCUACGCCCCUCCAAUUUUUUUUUUCAUAAAAAUACUUGAACAAGCAAAAAGAUCGAAACUUUAUGCAAAAUGGACCAAGAAUUGCACAGAAAUUUACUUAGUGGAAAUGGUGGGUUUGAACCAAGAUACUUUAGAGGUUUAAGUACCCCUUUUUCUUUUUCUUUAACAAGAUUGGCUUCUUGUUUCAAUCUUCAACAUCGAAGUUAUGUUGAUGAUGAUGAUGAUGAUGGGGUUUCUUAUUGUGAUUAUGGGUAUUCAAGACCCAUUGUGUUUCUUGAUGUGAUAUGGAAUUUGGCAUUUGUUUUGGUUUCUUGUUUUGUGCUAUUGACUACUAUUGGAGAAAAGCCUUCUACUCCAUUGAGGCUUUGGAUUGGUGGCUAUGCACUUCAAUGCCUCUUGCAUGUGGGUUUUAUUUGGGUUGAGUUUCAAAGAAGGAGUUUUGAUGAUUUUGAUGCUGGGAAUUUUGAUGGGGUUUCUUCUUUUUCACUGUUUCACAGCAGCGUGUAUCUUUCUAGCAGCAUCAUGAAGAGGCUGGAAUCAGUCAAUACUGUGAUUUCAUCAAUCUGGUGGGUAUUUGGCUUUUACUGGAUUGUUAUGGGUGGCCAAGCACUUCUGCAAGAUUCACCUCGUCUUUACUGGUUAUCAGUUGUUUUCCUAGCAUUUGAUGUGUUCUUUAUGAUCUUUUGCAUUGCGAUGGGAUUUGUAGUCUUCCUCGCGCUCUUUUGUUUCUUUCCAUUUAUCGCAACAGUUGCAUAUGCCAUGAGACUUGGAGAUGGAGCAUCUGAAAAUGAUAUCAAGACUCUUCCCAAGUAUAGAUAUAGUCAACUAAAUACUUCAGGGAACCUUAUAAAUAUGAAGACAGGAGAAGAUAACUUAAUAUCACAGCUCAACAGUAGUGACUCUGUACGUGAGCUUGCUCUUCAACCAGAUGAUUCUUCCUCCUACUUAUUGAGCUGAGUACUUUUGAGUCAUAUCUUUGGAAGAAAGCGAGAUGAUCCAUUGUUCUUUCUUGAACUUAUACCAAUUUCUCAUCAUGCUUCCGAGAGAAAACCCCAAAAUUUUUGCUACUGAUAUCAACUCGUUGUCUUUUCUGUGUCAUGGUUGUCUAACUUACAAUCUCCUGCUUUAUUCGGACUUGUAACUGGCAAUAUAACCAGAGCUCGCACAAGGAUAGCUGUCAUCAUAAAUCAAACUAUAUUUCCUUUAUAUCAUCUUUUUACCACAGAGGCUGACUUUCAUGUGAAUAUU